AUGCGAAAGCGUGUUCAACAGUCAGCGAAGAUCGAUGGUCCAUUGACACAGCAGGAAUUGUUGGAUUCCGCGCAUUCGCUGCUUAUCUGGACUCAGGCCGAUGGAUUUUUGUCGGACAUUAAGCGGCUGAAGAGUGAUGCACAGCAAAAUCAUCUGUGGAAGAAGCCAAUUGCUCGCGGCAGCGUGUUCUUUAUUCAAAAUUUAAGAGUUUCAAAGGCCAUAUUUUUGUACCUUUUUGAUGGUCUUCACGCGCAAUUAAAUACUCAACGAUGUUAUGGACUCGACACGAAAGAACAAAUAGCAGCAUGCCUAAUUUUUUUUGCAACCGGAAGCUACCAACGUGGCGUUGGGAAAGAUUUCCAUAUUGCAAUUGCGCAAAAAACGUUUUCAAAAGUACUACUGCAAACAUUAGUCCCUCUUCAUAAUUUAAUAAGAGAUUGGAUUCAAUUGGCGAUGUCCGAAGAGGAGCGACAAGAGGCAAGAUUUUUUGAAAAAAGUGGAUUUGAAAAUAUCGUCAUGUGUGUUGAUGGUACCCACAUAAAAAUAAAAAAAAAAACACGUAACCGACCACUACAGUAUUUAAACCGGAAGAACGUUUAUAGCAUCAAUGCUUUGAUUGCAUGUGAUCACAAAUACCGGAUUGGAGCAAUCGACGCUCGUUUUGCAGGAUCAAACCAUGACGCCCAUAUCUGGAGAGUAAGUCCAGUCCGGGCUUAUUUUGAGCACUUACAUAGAAGUGGCCAAAAUGACAGACUAUUUGGAGAUGCUGGAUAUCCCUCAGAACCUUGGAUAGUAAGACCUCAUCGUGAUCCGGAUGAGGGUUCUGUGGAAGCACAAGAAAACUCAAAAAUAUCGUCGGGAAGAAUGACUGUGGAGCAAAGUAUAGGAAUCCUAAAAUCACGGUUCAGAUGUCUGUUAGGAGCUGAAAGAUCCCUGAAUUACGAUCCAAGAAAGGCAGGACUAAUAAUCAAUACGUGUUGUGCGUUACACAACAUGUGUAUUGAACACAAUAUAGAGUGGCAACAGACGUUCAAUAGUAUUAUUCGUGGUAUAGAAGAUUCAUAGAAGAAAACAGGAAAAAAGAAA